CCAUCACCGGGUGGGCGAAUCCACCUGAUGGAUAUAAAUGACUGGCAUCUAGGAAGUAGUUUUGUUCAAAAGAGAUGAUAUUAUCUCUAAUGUCGGCUGAUAUCCACCACCAUGGAUCGAUAUAUUCCUUAUAUCCCCUAUCGCCAUCGCCGGCGCAUAUACCAUGCCGUCCUCCUCACCGUCUCCACGAUCAUCAUCACCAUCCUUUACAUCUUCUACAGCAUCGUCUAUUUCGCAGCCUUUUACUUUGUGCUGCUAUAUCGCCACUAUACAAAUUACAGCCACACACUCAAGCGAAAAAUAGACAUGUGCUUCGUUGAAAUCGACGACGAAACCCCCUCCAUCCGCAUCACGGAGUACAAGAAACCCCGUCCUCUCCGCGCUUCAUAUCCACGUCGCAGACGUUCUUUUUCUUCUGCAUCUUCAGCAUCCAGCUGUUCCAGCGAUAAUAGCACAGAUAUUGAUAUCCGCUCCCCGCGACACUCGUAUCACAGCCACCACUCGCACCAUCAUGCCCAUCAUGACUCGCACUCUCACUCUCGUUCACUCUCGCCCCCACCACCAGUAUCUUUCUCACCUCGCCACUCAUACUCGCCUCAGCCAUCUUAUACGACCACGCGACGGACGAGGAUCCGCACGAGGGCUGAAUCGCUGAUGCCGUUUGAGAGGAGUUUCUGGCGGAGGCCGUCGAGGGAGGAUGUUAGGUUCGUCGAGUAUGUGGAUCCGGGGGAGGAGGAGUGGAGGAGGAAUCGGAGGGAGGUGAGGUUUAUUGAGAGGGGGUGAUUUGUUUUAUUUAUAUUUAUAUUUAUUGAUGGAUUAUUUGGAUUGGAUUUAUUGUGUUGGUCGUGUAGUUUGUCUGUUCUAUUCUAUUCUAGGUAUACCCAUAUUAUGCUGUAAAGCAUCGAGAGUAUCCUCCAUUCAACAUCUCUCUUAAUGAAUUCAAAGAUAUCGAUCUGAAUGAAUAUGACCUCCAGGAGGAAUAGGGUCCGGCACCAAAGAGCAUUAUGGAGAGUGCAUCCUUAUCUGGCAGGGGGUACAAUGUUAUUCGAGUAUAUAUAUAGAUGGACAUUCUCAAGACGAAUGAUCCGUAACACUUCAUUCAAGAUAGUAAGUAGUACAUCAAAAAUAUCUUUGUCUUUA